GUCACACUGAGACCGAUCCUGCACCGCACCUGCUGGUCUUUGCAAGCUGCAUUUGCUGGACGGCGACCGCAGUCGAACCCGGAGGAUCCGUGCUUGCAGAUCCCAAAGCUACACAGCCAGCUCAAGGGAUCUUUGUCUCGCAAGUUUGCAGUGGCAGAAUUCAAAGGAGAUUGGGACUGGCACAAGAUCUUCUGGCAGCUGCGUACACAGUGGCAGGCACGCCACAUUUGUCAUCUGUGCCGUGCGACCCGAAACGCCAAGCACCAUGCCAAGCUCUGCUUCGUCCUCUUUGGAUCCGAUUUCCCUCGUCGAACAUUCGAAGAGUGCUUGGUGGAGUCGAUGCCCGAUUCUCCCAUCCCUCUGGUGCUGUGUGAGGGUUUCCACCCGGGCAUCAUUCGCUUCUGUGCGAUGCAUGUUUUGGCAUUGGGGAUUUUUCAGACUCUCUGUGCGGAAGCAUUGCUCUGGAUGGUCGAGCACAGAAUCUUUUGCCCAGCUGCUGAGGAAAUGGACGAGCAGCUAAGACAUGGGUUUAUGAAUUUCAAAUCCUGGCUAUCCAAGAACAAGCUGGCAUGCAGCGGGCGUGUCUUCACGAUGAAGUGCCUGCACGUGAAGGAGCAGGACUACCCAUUUUUGGGAUACAAGGCGUUCAAUUGUCGGAUCGUCCUUGCCUGGUGUGCUGCCACUUGCUUCGCAUUCAUUAUAGCAUUUGCAUUGCGACGUCGAAAUGCCGCUGUGCUCUGCGACCCAGAGAUUCAACAGAAGAUCUGCCAGCGUGGGAACGAAGAGUCACAGCAUGACUUCCAAAAUCGCUGCGACUUGAACACGAUCAUCACGAGCUGUGUGUUCCUCAUGAGCGAAGUGCAGAAUGAUCUGGAGAGUAUGGGCCGGUACUUGAGUGCCAGCGAGAGUGAGCAGCUCUACAGUCGAGGUCAGCAAUGCCUUCGUUUCUACAGAGAAGCCGCUUUGAUAUUCGCUUCCAGAAAGCAGCUUCGUUUCUUCCUGCGACCGAAACUCCACGCGCUGGAUGAGCUACUGUAUUUAUCCCUGCGGGAACGUUACAAUCCCAGAUUCUACCAGAACUACGCAGAGGAGGACGUCCUCGGACUCCUCAAGCCUCUGGCACAGAAGGCUGUGGCCGCAACAGCUAGAAACUUCGAGGUUUCUAUGUUGAAGCGGUAUUUCUUGAGGUGGGAUUGGGCCGAAAUUCAUGCAGUCCUUCUAUAUAUAAUAACACCAUUCGAAAAUUCAGAAUUAAAAUCUUUGCAACUAUAUCAGGCUUCUUUCCGAUCGGCCUGA